AUGGAAGAAUUUGAAAAUAUAUUUUUUAGAGUCUGGAAAAAUAUUUAUAUUAGAAAUGAAAUUACCAAACAUUUAGAAUUAUUUAGAGAUAAUUAUCAAGUUGAAAUUAAAAUUAAUAAAUUAACAGAAUUAAGAGAUCAUGCAAAUAAAGGGUAUAUUUCAAAAUUAAGAUAUCAUCCAUUUACAUUUCCAAAUGGUUGUUUAAAUGAUCUAUCAUCAUUGAUUGAUUUAGAGAUUAUUUCAUUUAAGGGUCAAUUCAAAAGUGAAGAUUUAAAACCAUUAACAUCUUUAAAAAAAUUAUCAUUAACUCAAUUAAAUAAAGAAUUAGAAAUUGAUAUAAUACCAUCAUCAAUUGAAGAAUUGGAGUUAAUUAAAUAUGACCAAAUCAUUAAACCAAUGGUUUUACCAGAAAGUUUAACAAAAUUAACAUUAUCAUUAUUCAAUCAACCAAUUGGAAAAGAUUCAUUCAAUGUAUUAAAAAAUUUAAAAUGUUUAGUUUUGGAAAACUUUAAUCAUGAUAUUAAUCCAAACGAUUUACCAUCAUCAUUGGUUGAAUUGUAUUUAGUAAAAUUUAAUAAACCUUUACAACUAAAUUCAAUCCCAAAUUCAAUCGAAUGGCUGAUGCUUUCAGAUUUCGAUCAACCAUUGAAACCAAAUUUAUUACCAUCAUCUUUAAUUGAUUUAUCACUAUUUGAAUAUAAUCAACCUUUAUAUGCUGGUGAUUUACCUAAUGGUAUUACUUAUUUGAGUUUAGGUUGCUAUAAUCAACAACUUGGAUCAGAUAUUAUACCAUCAUCAGUAACGCAUUUAACACUAUCAAAAUAUGACCAUUCAUUGAAAAAAGGUGAUAUUCCAUCAAGUGUUCAAUUUUUAAAAAUGAAUGAUUUCAAUUCUGAUAUUGAAAUUGGUGCAAUUCCAUUAUCAGUUAAAAAAUUAACAUUACAUUCGUUCAAUCAACCAAUUAAACCUGGUGCAAUUAGUUUUGGUGUUGAAAAAAUUAGAUUCCUAUCUUCAUUUAAUAAACCAUUGAUUCAAGGUUCAUUUCCUUCUUCAGUAAAGACUAUUCAUUUUUCAAUUAACUUUAAUCAAAAGAUUAAACCAAAUGAUAUUCCAGAAUCUUGUAUUAAAAUUAAAAUGGGUUAUUGUUUUAAUCAUCUUCCUAAAUUAACUUCAAAUAUUUUCUCAAAUAAUUUAAAAAAAAUAAUUGUUGAUCGUAAUUAUAAUCAUCCAAUUCCAGAUGAUUUAAAAGAUAUAAUAAUUAAAAAAAAAUAA